CUUCCGAAACUCACCAUGGAGCAAACGUACAUCAUGAUCAAGCCGGACGGCGUCCAGCGCGGCCUCGUCGGCGCCAUCAUCGCGCGGUUCGAGACCAAGGGGUUCUACCUCCGCGGCAUGAAGAUGAUGUCCGUCACGAAGGAGCACGCGGAGAAGCACUACGCCGAUCUCAGCUCCAAGCCCUUCUUCGGCGACCUCGUGGAUUACAUGUGCUCCGGGCCCGUGGUGUGCAUGGUCUGGGAGGGCAAGGAGGUUGUCAAGACCGGAAGGAAGAUCAUCGGCGCGACGAACCCGCUCGCGUCCGAGCCCGGCACGAUCCGCGGCGACUACUGCAUCGAGCUCGGACGCAACGUCAUCCACGGCUCGGACGCGGUGGACUCCGCGAAGCACGAGAUCGGCCUCUGGUUCCCGGAGGGCGUCUCCGAGUACGCGCACACCGCGCACGCGUGGAUCUACGAGUGAGCGACGACGUGGACCGCGGUCGCCGCGCGUCGCGAUGAUUCGGUUCGGUCUGGCAGCGGCGACGGCGAGUAGACGAAACGUGUGAAUGAUACGAAAGUACUUCGCGACGU